AUGAGUGCGGCAGGGAAGAGAAGAGGAAGGCCCAACAGAGGAGGAGGAAGAGGGCGAGGAGGAGGAGGAGGUGACAAAAGGAGAGGAGGAGGCGGCAGAGGAGGCGGCGGCCGUUCAAACAAGUCUCAACUCGGUGGAAAUAGGAAAUGCUCAACGAAAAUUUGGGACGACGGGGAUGAUUUUUGUCUCUUUGAGGAACCAAGAUUGAGUGUCCCUGCCAGAAGAGGAGGGCAAACAAGGCAAAGAGCAGAAGCCAGAAUGCCUCUGCAGACCUUGCACAUGACAUCGGAGAACCAGAGAAGAGUGAAAGAACUUCUUCGAGAGCUUCAAGGGCAGGAGCUGGCACCUGAAUCAGAAGUAGCUGGUUCUGAUGAAGAUGAUGAUGAGCCUGAUUACCUUGAUGAUGAGCAAUGCUGGUCUACAGAUCAAGAAGUUCCUGAUAUACCUCCAAGGUCUUCUGCUGACGUACCUGAACAUAAAACCAUGGAAAGCGAGGUGUCUCUGUUUGCUGUGCAUAAACUGUCCAGGUAUGGGUUUGACAAGGAGCGUUGCAGGACAGUGCUCAGAUCCUGCAAUGGUAAUAUUGGGGCAUCACUGGAGUGUUUGUUGUCGCAGUGCUUUGYGGAAAGAUAUGGAGAGAAGGUGCAGAUCUCUGCAGCAGCUGUUCAGGCCAGUCAAGAAGAGUGUUUAGAACAGAGACAAGAAGAAGCUUUUGUGCUCCAGUCGAUCUACGGACAAAAGUUUGUGGAAAGAAUUCAAAACCGAGUUUGGACUUUUGGUUUGGAACUGGAGUACCUAACAAACAGCCUGAACAAAUCUAAACAAAAGGACACCUCUGGUAGAGACUCAACAAAGCAGACUUCACAAGAAACAUGUAAAUUUUACCUCCAAGGAAGCUGCAGGUUUGGUUCAAAAUGCAGAUUCAGGCAUGAAACUCCUCCACAUCAUCCCAUAAGAUCAGCUAAGAGCUGUGUGGAUGAUGCUCACCUUAGACCUAACAGCGAUGACCCUCCCAUGUAUGAACUUGAAAUAAGAUUUCCUGCGGAAAAUAAGUAUCCACUCCAGGCACCUCUUGUGGCAUUUUAUUCCAUCAAUGAGAAUCUACCUCUUGCUUGUCGCUUGCACAUUGCUGAAUUCCUCUUUGGGAAGGCCUUGGUAGCUGCAGAGUCUAGUGAACCAGUGGUGUACACGUUAGUGACUUCCUUAGAAGAUGAAUCGGAAAUAUGCGAGUUGCUUAAAAAUACUCACCACAAGUACAGUGUUCCUCCUCUGUCCUUGCAGGCAAUGCCUUCAGGAAGACUGCUGACAGAUGGUUCAGCUGGUUCAAAUCAGGUGUCAGAAGUCUCUGUAGUGUCAGAGCCUCAGAAGGAAGAGGAGAUAGCAGAGGAGGAGGAGGAGGAGGAGCCAGAAGAAGUUAUUGUGGAGAAUGAGAGCUACGUAAACCUCAAAAAAAAGCUUUCCAAAAAGUAUGAUAUGCAGACAAAGUCUCUGUAUAACGAAAAUGUUAAAAUCUGCAAGCAAUUUCGGCUGAAAAAGUCUUCUAGGCACUUCCAGUCUAUGUUGCAGGAAAGACAGAAGCUCCCUGCGUGGCAAGAAAGGGAAACCAUUCUUGAGCUGCUGAAUAGGCACCAAGUUCUUGUUGUGAGUGGCAUGACAGGGUGUGGGAAAACCACUCAGAUUCCUCAAUUUAUUUUGGAUGCUUCAUUGCAAGGCUCUCCAAACAGAGUUGCAAACAUCAUCUGUACUCAGCCUCGCAGGAUCUCUGCCAUUUCUGUGGCUGAACGUGUAGCCAAAGAAAGAACAGAGAGGAUUGGAAUCACUGUGGGAUAUCAGAUACGACUAGAAAGUGUAAAGUCCUCAGCUACCAGGCUGUUGUAUUGCACUACUGGUGUGCUGCUGAGAAGGCUGGAAGGAGAUCGGGCUUUGCAGGGAGUCACACAUGUUAUUGUGGAUGAAGUUCAUGAAAGAACAGAAGAAAGUGACUUCCUGCUGCUGGUUUUGAAGGAUGUAAUGUUGCAGAGACCAGACCUGCGCGUUAUACUAAUGAGUGCUACCUUGAAUGCAGAGCUUUUUUCGCAGUACUUUCAAUCCUGUCCAAUUAUUAACAUACCAGGUCGAACAUUUCCUGUGGAUCAGUAUUUUCUGGAAGAUGUGAUCUCAAUGACAAGGUAUGUCUUAGAGGACAGCAGUCCCUAUAGGCGCAAGGCAAAGCAAGAAAACAAACAGAAUGGAAGACAUAAAAGAACUGCCUUUGAGGAAGUAGAGGAGGAUCUGAGACGUGCUGGCAUCCUGGGAGAGGCUGAUACAGCCAUCAGGGAUUCAGACCCAGACCAAAAAUUAACUCUAAAACAGCUCCUGGCAAGAUAUAAAGGAGUUAACAAGACAGUGCUGAAAACAAUGUCUGUCAUGGACUUGGACAAAGUUAAUCUGGAAUUAAUUGAAGCUUUGCUGGAGUGGAUACUCACAGGCAGACAUUCAUACCCCCCAGGUGCUGUGUUGGUAUUUUUGCCUGGACUAGCAGAAAUCAAGAUGCUUUAUGAGCAGCUCCAGUCUAAUGCUCUUUUCAAUAACAGGCACAGCAAGAGGUGUGUGGUUUAUCCACUUCAUUCCUCGCUGUCCAGUGAAGAACAGCAGUCUGUGUUCCUCAAGCCUCCUGCAGGAGUUAUCAAGAUCAUCAUCUCUACAAACAUUGCAGAAACAUCUGUCACCAUUGAUGAUGUGAUCUAUGUGAUUGAUUCUGGGAAAAUGAAAGAAAAAAGAUACGACCCAAGCAAAGGAAUGGAAAGUCUGGAAGACACAUUCGUGUCCAGGGCCAAUGCUUUGCAAAGGAAAGGGCGAGCAGGCCGGGUGGCUUCAGGAGUCUGCUUCCAUCUGUUCACUAGCCAUCACUAUAACCAUCAGCUAAUAAAAGAGCAGCUACCAGAAAUACAGCGAGUGCCCCUGGAGCAGCUGUGCCUGAGAAUUAAGAUCCUGGAGAUGUUUUCUGCACAGAGUCUUCAUUCUGUCUUAUCCCGAUUAAUUGAGCCCCCGAGAGCCGAGUCUUUGCAGGCAUCAAAGUUGCGGUUACAAGACUUGGGAGCACUGACGGCAGAUGAAAAACUCACCCCCUUGGGCUACCACUUGGCUUCCCUGCCCGUUGAUGUCAGGAUUGGCAAGUUAAUGCUCUUUGGCACCAUAUUCCGCUGCCUGGAUCCCGCGUUGACCAUAGCAGCCAGUCUGGCCUUUAAGUCGCCCUUUGUGUCACCAUGGGAUAAAAGGGAAGAAGCAAACAAAAAGAAGUUGGAAUUUGCAGUAGGAAAAAGUGACUAUCUGGCUCUUCUUCAGGCCUAUAAGGGAUGGUGUUUAAGUACCAAAGAGGGCGCUCAGGCGAGCUACACCUACUGCAGGGAAAACUUUUUGUCAGGAAGAGUUCUUCAAGAAAUUGCGAGCCUGAAAAGGCAGUUCACAGAACUGCUUUCUGAUAUUGGCUUUGUGAAGGAAGGGUUAAGAGCCAGGGACAUGGAGAAGAAGUGUUGCCAAGGCGGAGAUGGUGUGUUGGAUGCCACAGGAGAAGAGGCGAAUUCAAAUGCAGAGAACAUCAAGCUGAUCUCAGCUAUGUUGUGUGCUGCCCUCUAUCCCAAUGUUGUCCAGGUGAAAAUGCCAGAGGGAAAGUACCAGAAGACUAGCGCAGGAGCAGUUAAAAUGCAACCAAAAUCAGAAGAGGUGAAGUUUGUCACCAAAAAUGAUGGUUAUGUUCACAUUCACCCUUCCUCUGUCAAUUAUCAGACCAGGCACUUUGAGAGUCCCUACCUGGUGUAUCACGAGAAGAUCAAGACCAGCCGCGUGUUCAUUCGGGACUGCAGCAUGGUGUCCGUGUACCCGCUGGUCCUCCUGGGUGGGGGGCAGGUUCACACACAGCUGCAGAAGGGAGAGUUUGUCAUCUCCCUUGAUGACGGCUGGAUACGGUUUGUGGCUGCCUCGCACCAGGUGGCUGAGCUGGUGAAAGAGCUACGGUGUGAACUAGACCAGCUGCUACAGGACAAGAUCAAGAACCCCAGCAUGGACUUAUGCAUGUGCCCCCGUGGCUCACGGAUCAUUGGCAUGAUUGUAAAACUUGUGACCACGCAGUAAUGAGAGCGGACUUUUUUUGUUAAGAUGCUGUUUGCUACUGCCUGACAACAGACCAAUGAACAUGAGUGUCUUUGUAUAAUCACAAUUGGGUGCUGAUUGCUGGAAGUCCAAGUUGGCAACUGUACUAGUCACUUUUUAAAAUUAUUUACAUCUUUGUUUGCAGAGAGCUUGCUGUUUGUGAAGAAGGUGUUUUGUAGAACAAAGUGGGACAUGGAAAAAAAGAUCUCAUGGCAGGAAUAGCAACCUCCAGCAAGAAAAUGAAUUGUUUAAUGGAGAAGUUAAUGUGCUGACAAGGUGGUUUCUGGUCUCAAAAAAUACCUGCUUAUUAUUAGCCACUACUUGUAAUAAUAAGGUCUGGAGGCAGCCUGUUGCUUGGUAAGCUGCUCCUAAAUGGGGCUAAGCUCACUCCUGCUCUUUGUCUGAGGCAUCACUGACACAGUUUGUGUUGGCUGAUAGGGAAAUGGACUUGCUUUAGGAACAAAAGCCUUUAAAAGGGCAUGAGCCUUUUCAAGGUGUUUGAAAGGGGAGGUAGAAAAACUCCUAUAGCAAUAAGACACUAUGAAAGCCUGGGUCAGGCAGUUAAGUGAUUGGUUGGAUCAGCACCGAGGGCUCUCCAAUUAAGCUGUAGAACUGCAGGAGAGGAUGGACACUCCUCUGGAACAACUGCUUUUCAUUGGCCCUGAACUACCCAAAGAGCAAAACAUCUGCAAGGGGCUGCUGGAGCCAUAAAAAAAAUUCCUGGGUACAGUGUUACUGCUGAACUCUGCCAGGGGAAGGUGGCCUUCCUGCCACACCAUAUAACUGAAAGGAAAUCAAGAUUGAGGGUUUUUCCCCCCCCCUCCUUUUUCCCUAAUCUAAAUUCCUGCUCCAGGGAACAGCUGGAGCAGGCUGCAGUGACAACAUUACUAUUCUGUCCUUCUACCUUGCAUAAUUACAGCUGGUCUGCUUGUAAUGAGAGCAAGUGCCUUAAAGUAAGUUUUGACUACUCUCAUCUGAAAUAGUAAAAAAGUUACAGCAAAUAGAAGCAUUUCCUGCCUGGAAAUAAAAGUCUUCAAGCAGAGGUGUAAGGGAGAAGUGGGUUUUUUUUUUUUUUUUUUUUUUUUAACUAGUUUCCUUUGUUAAAAGCACCCUCAGGGGUUUUACAGAAGCCAUUUCACAGCAGCACCCCUCCUUACCCAAGAAAGAAAAAGAGAAGAGCACCAGGACUGAGGUAUGGGCACAGGCAGCUGUUCUCUACAGCUAUGUUGAACUGCAGCAAAUUGACUUUUUCCAGUAUUUGAUUAAAAUUGCAGGACAAGCACAUCAGCAAUAGCACCAACCAGAGAUAGCUGCAAGCGGCAGUAAAUGAUUUAUAGUUGCUGUUGACUACUGGGCACGCCCAAAGGACAAUCGAGGCCUGGUACUAUUAGGAGAAUAUUAAAGUACAGGAGAGGGCUGUUGUGUUCUCAGAGAAUCCCCAUGCCUAUGGCCUUGUGUUCAGUGACGCUUUACUAGACUCAGCACUGUGGCAGACACUCUCUUAACAAUAAGCAGGCUUUAUACAGCACCUACUAAAUACUCAGAUAUUUUCUUUUAUUUGAGCUAUGCUGAAAAAGUGAAGGUAAGGGUGAAGACAGUACAUGAGCUUAGAAGAAUCUAAGG